GCAGAAGGUUAUGCCUUUUUGACAAAAAAAAAAAAACCAAAAACCCGCGCCCCGCCAUAAGGUAAAAAGAGCGACUCCGUAGCCAUUUUGGCUCAAGCACCACUUCCGAUAGCAGAUUGGCCUUUCAUGGCCAUGGUCAUGGGCAUUGAUUUAGAAACCGUUUCAAAAGCCACCCUGUUGCUAGGCCAAUUUCACUCCGAAGGAUGGCCCUCGACGACGGCGCUGGUACAACCAGCAGACCACUGCGAGGACCACGCCCGCACCAGUCUACUUGGCUGGGCUUUUCGGUGCUAGGCAUAUUAAUGUAUGUCUGUCGGCCGCCCUCGUGCGGGCUUGUGCGUCGGUCCGGCACCUUCGGUGCUGGGUCCAUUGUAUACCGCCGCCGCAGACUUGUUGCGCACCUCCAACAAGGGGCCCCAACAUCUUCGACACUAAGAAGCGACUACCGGUCACUGAUCUUUAACAAACAGGUCGCGCCGGCCGAGCAGGAGGUGCAGCAGAAGUUGAUGCCGCGGACUUCCUCCGAGGCGGAUCGUCAACAACCUCCCGAGCUGCCUUCCACUGACGGAACAACUAGCACGACCUGGGUAAUGCUAAUCGGGGACAGCAACAUUCGGGGAACCACGCUCCGGCUUUUGGAGCUGAUCAGCCCUAUCAAACGCAAAAAUGUUUGGGUCUGGAAGGUGGUAACUUGUCAUGCUAAAUCCGAAUGAUGCAAAAAUCUGUGUUGCAUGAGUGGCAAAGGCUGCCCACUUUCGACCAAGUUGGGAGGGAGUUUCUCACGCAGGACAGGCAUGGCAGAGACCACCUCGCAGACUCUGUCAUGCUAGGCCCCGCAUUCCAGACCUCAUGGGUCGUGGAAAAACUGCACGACAAGUUUACACUCUUCCAGACCCAGACAUAUUUUGCAUUUGAUCAGCCCCGACUAUGUGACAAAGUGCCCUGUUUUCGAUACUGACUGGUGCAUCAAGGCUACCCCAGCCCAGCUCCGCGUUUGCGAGAACCUUGGCUGGGCGAUAUCAAAAUGCAAAUAACUCCUCCGUCCUUCUAUUGAAAAGGAAAUCUCUGUUGCUGGACUUGUGUAUACAAAGCAGCUCUGUCUUGCGGUGAGGUACUGCAGGCACAGGGUGUGCAGGAGUGGUUUGGUGUAGGCGCUUAGCAUAGCAGAGGCCUGCCAUGUAGCCGCAACAGCAUUACAAACCGCCUGCAUAGAGCGGCGCACUCUUUGGAAUUGCCCUCUGCAAGAGAAACACGAUUUGUGGUCACAAAGCAGCAUCACAAAUUUUUAGAACCAUUAUACCUUUUCAGUAUGGGGAGGAGGGAUUUUUCCUCACAAUAGGCGAAUUCCUGUACCGCGUGGCGAAGAACUUGCUUGUAUCAAAAUGAAAAAUCCCCCCUCCCCAUCCUAAAAAGGGAUACUCCUGAAAAUUUGUGAUGCUGAUUUGUGACCACAAAUCGUCUCUGCAUUGCACGAAGGCAACUCCAGAGACUCCGCUGCGUUGUGCAGGCAAUUUGUAAUGCUGUAUCGCCUACAGAGGACGCGCCUGCCUUGCUAGGUGCCUACACCAAAACGCCCCUCCUCAGGCUGUGCACCUGCCUGCCGUCCUCUACUGCAACACAAAGCCGAUUUGUGUACACAAAUCCCGCAUCACAGAUUUCCAUUUUGAUAUGGGGUGGGAGGAUUUUUCAUUUCGAUAGCUUGCGUAACACCACCGCAACUACUUCCACGGGCGAAGGAAAUAACCAGGGCCAGCAGGUCGUGGAGUUGCAGAACAUCUGCGGGCAGAAAGUUUGGUCUAUAACCUGCUCAGGUGUUACAAUCUCAAAUCGGUUACCAUAGAAUUACUAUCUAUUAUAUUCAUGCGAAAAAAGAGGUCUACAGAGGGUCGAAGGGAGGUGGCCGAGAGGUAAAAAAGAGGUCAACAGAGGUCAAAAAGAGGUCGACAGAGGUGGAGAGGUGGCGCGGGAGGUCAUUCGAGAGGGUGGCCGAGAGGGUGCGCGAGUAUAGCCCGCCGAAGGACUCGCCCUAAAGCCGCGCCUAUGGGGCCCGGAGGUGGCCGAGAGGGUCCCGAGAGGGUAAGCGAGAGGGGGACAGAGGUGCCGAGAGGUUGCGCGAAUAAGGGCGAACCUCUCGCGCACCCUCUGGGCCACCUCUCGGCCACCUCUGAAGACCUCUACCGGCGAGUAUAGCCGGAUUAUUAGCAACACCUCUCGGGAGAGGUGAAAAAGAGGGCCUGCGAGAGGGUUAAAAGAAGCCGAAUCCGCCCGGCGCAGGGUCGAUUCUUUUGGGGCUUUUUCAUGCGUCGGCCCGCACCCUCUCGCGCCACCCUCUCGCGCCACCCUCUCGCGCACCCUCUCGCGCACCCUCUCGCGCACCCUCUCGCGUCACCCUCUCGCGCCACCCUCUCGCGCCACCCUCUCGCGCCACCCUCUCGCGCCAUCGAUCCUCUCGCACCACCCCCGCGCCCACAGAUUCCGCCUGGGAAUCAGAUGGGCGGGCGCGGGAGAGUGAUCAACAAAGGGCUGCGCGGUCCCCGUUUUGCUUCGGCACCUACGUCGCGGCGGCUUCCCUUCGCCCCCAAGCUUCCCUGCAGUUGCUCCCUGCGCAUAGCGCCUAAAGGCGCGGGAAGCGCGCAGGGGCCCAUGCGGGUUGACAUGGCGCAAGCCGUCAUGCGGCAGUACUUCCCUCGGCCUGUCACGCUGCCCCCAAAGCUCUUACGUCGCGGUCCGAUCAGCAAAUAGUCACACCCCAGCACAACAGCCGUGCGCUCCGGCGUUAGCCGGAGCAUGGCUGGUAUCUGUGAUGCAAGAAGUGCAUUAUCUAGCCAACUUGUCCCCUAAGAUUGCGCAUCACAAGUUCCGGGGUCGACGUCCCAAAUAAACGCACUACAAUUAUCUGGCGAAAUUUGUAUUGCAGAAAGUGGAAUGCUGGCCGAAUCUGUCAUGCUCAUCAUGCAAUAAGUACAAAGUCCGGACUUUAUGGUAACCGAUUUGAGAUUGUAACGUCUGAGCGGGUCAUAUGGUCCGACGAAAAUUUCUACUUCACCGGAAAACUGGCAGCAGACGCAGUUCAGCUUGGCACCCCGACGACAUAUCGCAAGAAAAAACUGUUUCGCUGUGAACCUGUGAUGCAGAAAAUGGAACACAGAACGCUUUGUCUUGCUCCAUCUGCAUAGAACGUUGGACUUUCACCCGUGUUUUCCGUUUCCCCUAUGGGAAGUGCACGCAUGACAAAUUUUCGGUGUCAUGUGUAACAAACUUGUGAUGCAGAUCUUGCAAAAUCAUCGCAGUGAAACAGUUUUGUUUUCGUGGGAUACGACAAGCAGUACCAGCACGAGUAGUAGCCGGUCGACGUCGUCCAUCUCCUCGGCCUCGCUCACUAUCAAAUGCAAAAAUGUCUGGGUCUGGAAGGAUGUAACUUGUGAUGCGCAUUUCAGAACACACAAAAAUCUGUGAUGCAUAGGCAGCAAGGGCUGCUGUGCUCGCUUUCUGUCACCAAAAUGGGGGACUUGUCAUGCGGAUCCGGCAUUGCGGAAGCUUCGCGAAACCUGUGAUGCUAGAGCUUCCAUGCCAGACCUUCUGUGUCAUGCAGAAACAGCAUGACUCUUCCAGACCCAGACAUUUUUGCAUUUGAUACUCACUGUCAGUUUCCGAUUCACCAAAAGUCCAGAGGCCUUAUAUCAGAAUGAAAAAUCCCCUCUACCCGUACGCAAAGGGAGCAGAUUUGUGUACGCAUGAUUUGUGAUCACAAAUCAUGGUGUCAUACUAGAAAGGAAGAGAUGCGGUCUGCAGUGCAGGCUGGCGUGGGAAAGCGUUGCGGCUUCAGCAUGAAAGGAAGCAACUGGAAACGGGAAACAGCAUGACAAAUUGCCUGCAAAGGAGAGAGCAACUGCGUUUCUUGGCCUUCUAGCAAUACAGGUCGAUUUGCGUACUCAAAUACAGCAGCACAAAAUUCGUUUUCGAUAUGGGGAGGGGGGAUUUUUCCUCACAAUACUUUACGCAAAAAGAUGCAGCACUUUGACGAAAUCGACUAUCACCCGGCCUCUGCACCGACAGCAUCUACGGAUGCCAAGAUGCCUCCGCGCCCCUACGCGAUAUGGCGUUCUCAACUGUUACAUUCACAACUGUUACAUGAAUUUGUCAUGCAAAAGCACCAUCAUCAUCCUCACGAUCAAGCUGCUCCGCAUGACAAACUUGCGAAGGGCUAAACCGCACCUAAAUCUGUGCCGAAUUUGUAAUGCUGCAGGUGCAACCUUCCCCCUUUCACUUCCCCCAAUUUUGCAUCACAAGUUCAUGUAACAGUUGAGAAUGUAACAUUUGAGAACCCCAUACGCGACACGAACGCCGUAUGGAGGCGUCAGGAUUGAAAUCGUCAAAGUUGAAAAAGUUUGUGAUGCAUAAAAUGCAAUCCGCAAAGUGCCUGUCUUGCAGAGUAGGCAAGGGAGGCAGAUUGUAAGCCUGCAAUAAUUUGAGGGGUAGAACAAAUAGCGCUGAUAAAGUAGCAUGACAAAAGGCGUCUUCGUUACGCAAACAGCAUUACAAACUGGAUUUAGGAACCACCAAUAAAAUUUGUCAUGCGCCACUUGAAACCUGGGCUCCAACUGGCAUCCAUUUUAUGUCGAUGACAAAUCAUUUCUUUCAACUUUGUCGAUUUCAAUCCUGACACUUCCAUACGCCGGACCUGGUCUGGGUCACCCACGGGCUCUGGAUGUUAUGCAUUGCAAAAGUAUCGUACUAGUAGAAAUCGCAUUACAAAUUCGGUCAGCAUGACAAAUGAAAUUUGUCAUGCUGUUUUACCUUGGUAUAGAGAUUUGUAAUGCAUGACUGCGAUUACUACGAGUACGAUACUUUUGCACAGGAUAGAUGUCGGACAAGUACAACGAGACCACCGUAUCCUGAGUAAAAACUACGUCCUCUCCUGACAGUUGUCAUGCAAAUGUGCAAGAGUGACAGGAAUCGAUUUGUAAUGCGCAGCUCCUUGAGAGGCAUUUCAUCCAAUCGCGUUUUGAUGGCAUUUGUAAUGCUCAAAACGGGGUAAGAAAAUGGCCUUCUGAUGCGGGCUCCCUUGGUGCCAACAAGCACCGCACUGGAGAGAGAAACUUGUCAUGCCCAGCUCCCAAAACUUGGAUUGUUGCUAGAUUCCCAACCUGGCUAUGGGGUGGGACCUGAUUCUUGCUCGCGAUACACCGACUGCGCAUCUUGGUUUCGCCCGAUCGUGGAGGCGUUUCGGGAGCUGGAGGCGACUCCUGACUUCCGCCGUCGCGGUAUCACGUGUAAAAAUGUCCCCAACUACGCAGAGUUGUAAUGCAAAUGUGCAUGCUGAAAAUGUUCCUCAUGCGGAGACCCAUGAGAAGCAGUUUUUUUUGAUGUUUUGCGAUUUGUGAUGCUCAAAUCCGCAUGGUAUGUUUGUCUGUGAUGAUGCUCCUGCAUUAGGUAAAGACCCCUACAUGGAGAGCCCAAAUUUGUCAUGCGCAACAGCCAAAGCCGGGCGAUUUGUCUAGCACAUUUCCCUUCUUGACUCUGGGGUGGGGACGUUUUCGCUCACCAUACACGGCGGGCGUGUGGUGUGGCAAACCAAUCCCUUCGGCAUUGAGCACAAGGGAAUCCAGGCAAGAAUAUCCAGGUAAAAAACUGUGUAAGUGUAACUUUGUUGUAGGAAGAGCAGCAUCACAAAUUGGCUUUGCAUUACAGGGAAAGCCUGUCAUGCGGAGCUAGUACGUGAAAACACGUAUGAAAGUGGCCCAUGACGCACAUCCAGCAUGACAAUCGUAUAUAGUUUUGCAUUUUCUGCAUCACAGAUUUACACUCACAUAGUUUUUUUCUUGGAUGAAGAAACGUCGAUAUGGAAUACCAGUGUCAGCUCGAAACCAUUGCAAAGCACAACUUAUUACAACAAGAAGGAAGUGGUAAGCUGCCCGUCCAGACGAUCUUCGGUUCAACCAUGUCGCUGUGGACCUCCUGGCUCCUGGGUCGUCGUAGUUCGCAGCAGGUAUCCUGAGUAAAAACGUACCCACAGCAGAGUCAGGAUGGGGAUUUUGCAACACAAACCUAGGAGUUUUGUGAGUCACGCAUGACAAGUUGCACUCUGCAGUGUAGUGUAGGUUAGCAAGUGCAUCCGCAUCACAGAUUCAUCUGCUCAUCCUGUUCACAGCAUCACAAAUUCCAAAACACGACUGGAAAUGGCUCUCAUGGGGAUGCGCAUUACAAGUCUUCCUGUCUUGUUUGCAAAUCUGCAUUACAACUCUGGUGUGGGUACGUUUUUACUCAGGAUAGCAGGCCGGCCCCGAUCAGCAGUCUACCGCCGCAGCGGCCGGAGGUGGGCCACUAAAGUCGUUUGCGCUCUUCGACUCGUGGAGGAUGAUUAAAGACGGGUGUCUUUCCCUUUGGCGCCACAACUACCACUAUGACAAGACGACAGAACUCCUGAUCGCGAUCACCGUGCUUCGCCACCUCCUCGUCCCCCUAUGAAAGUGCACAACUCCCCCUUCCCCUCAUUUGUAUCGCAUGAACAGCAAUACAAGCGUCAGCAAGAAUACAGGUUUUGCAUAACAAAUGUGGACAGAAGUGUAGUGCUAUUUGGGCUGCCAGAACUCUUCAUGCAGACACUGCCAUGGGGCAAGGCGUCAUAAAUAAGGUAUGUUGCAUGACAAAUGAGGGGGAGGGGGAGUUGUGCACUCUCAUAUCCCCAGUCGGCCAGGCAGGACGAGCUGCUCCAGGGAAGGAAUUCCGCGGCUCUACCCCGCCCUAUCAAAUAAAGGAAAAAUCCCCCCUCCCCAUAUCGCAACGAAGUUUCUGAUGCUGGAUUUCCGUACGCAAAUCAGAUUUGUCUUGCAGUAGAGGACUGCAGGCAUAAGUCAAGCCUCGGUCGAGAGGUUUCGACGUAGGCACCUAGCAUGACAAAAGUGGAUGCUCUAAGCCCAACAGCAUCACAAAACGCGGUUGGUUCUCUGGACUUGCCUUCUUGCAAGACAGACAAGAUUUGAGGUCACAAAUGUGCAUCACAAAUUUUCAGACGGAUGCGUUUUCAAUAUGGGGAGGGGAGAUUUUUCUUUACGAUACGCCCGCGCCUCUGUCUUCCACCGAGGAUCAGGCUUUUGCCGGACGAACAAAAGUAUGGCGUGGUCGAUCGCUUUUUGCAGCAAGCCAGGUUUGCAGACAUUUUGUUUCACCCCGAUCCGCUGCAGUGGGUUCACAAUAACUGAUAGUUCCGAUUCAUUUGGAACCACGCGGGGGCACGACACAAAAGAUUGAAAACGCGAAAAAUCCUUUUGCGAGACAAAGAUUAUACUUGCUUCUUCAGAUGAUCACUCUUAGUAAACCCGACGUGGAAAAAAAACCGUAGAAAGAACCUAUUUCAACAUCUUUCAAACAACAGAGGAGUUUUUCAUGCCUCCGAGUUGAUGAUAAAUAUCGGGUCGCUUUGUUGUGUUCAUCCCCCUAAAGAUUUAACACAAGAU